GGUUUUUCCUACGCUAAUAAAGUAAAUUUUGAAAUAUCAACUAACAAUAUUUGGCCAGACCAUGUAGGUCAAUUUAAAACUAACACAGCAUUAUUGUAUGACAAUGAUUUGAGUGAAGUCAAAGCGUGGGGUCGUUCAGCAUUGGCUGAAAAACCAAGUAGAAGACGUCCUCAAAAAUCGAAUAAUUCGACACAUGUUGAAUUAUUUAAAUUACAUUUGGGUGAUAUUCCAGAUGAUGAAAAGCCAGUUUUACCCGAAAAUUUACAUUAUAAACAAGCAAUAACUGAUUAUCUCAGAGAAUUAGUUCCUGCUGAAUUUUCUGAAAAAGCAAAAGGAAUAAUGAGAGGAUGCAUAUAUAAUGCAGAAUUAAUAGAGACACCUAAUUCUCCAAAUUUGCAAUUUACUACAGAACCCGAGGCUGCUGCAAUAUAUUGUAUAGAUACGCUUAAAGAAUGUUACGAAUUUCCAGUUGGAAAAUCAUUCUUAUUAGUUGAUUGUGGGGGUGGUACUAUAGAUCUUACAACCAGAAGAUUAUUGAAAGGAAAUAGAUUGGGAGAAAUAACUGAACGUACUGGAGGUUUUUAUGGUAGUUCUUAUGUUGACAGAGAAUUUAUAAAUUUUAUUAAACGUAUAGUUGGUUCUUCAGCUCUCAGAUUACUUCAAAAGAAUCAUUAUAGUCAAUUUCAAUAUAUGAUUCAAGAAUUUUGUCGACUUGUUAAAACUGUUUUUACUGGUUCAAAAGAUUUUAGAACAUUUGAAUUGGAUUUUAACGAAUUAUGUCCGGCUAUUAAACAAUAUGUUCAAGAACCUUUAAAAAAUCAACUAGUAGAAGAUGAUUGGAUAAUAGAUGUUGAUUUUUAUACUGUUAAAGCAAUGUUUGAUCCAGUAAUUAAUCAAAUAAUUAAUUUAAUAAGUUUACAAUUGAAUAAUGCACAUAAUGAUUGUGCUGCUAUUUAUUUAGUUGGUGGUUUCAGCGAGUCAAAAUAUUUACAAACCAGAAUAAGAUCAACUUUCAAUUACAUUCCAAAUAUUUUGGUUCCAAAAGAUCCUGUUACGGCAAUUGCUCGUGGUGCCGUUCAAUAUGGAUUAAAUAUGAAAACCAUUAAAACUAGAGUAUUGAAAUAUUCUUAUGGUGUUAAACUUGCUUUUGAAUGGAGACCAGGUGACCCUCCAGAAAGAAGAACUCCUAAAGGAAGAAUUUUUAAAUUCCAUCAAAUGGCAACACGUGGAACAACAGUUGAAGUCGAUCAAGAAUUUUCCGAAGUUUUCGUACCAUUCACUAAAAAACAACAAAUAAGAACUUAUCGAAUUUACGUUACUCGAAAAAGCUUUGGAACAUAUUGCGACGAGCCAGGGAUGAGAUUUCUUGGUGGACUUAAAAUUGAUUCUCAAAAUACUUCUCAUGGAAUGAAAAGGCCUGUACUAUUUUCACUUCGUUUUGGUAAAAUGGAAAUUGAUGCUAUUGCAAUAGAUCAACUUAAAAUACAUCAUCGUUGUAUAUCUGCAACUCCUCCUCAUGAUGGUGAGGUUAGAUAUGAUCACGGUUUUCUUCGUUUUUUUGGUAUCACUCAAGAUCCUGAAACAAAUGAUUACAUCAUGGUUACUGAAUUAGCUCCAUAUAUGGAUAUUCGUAACUUAUUACAUCAAAAUUUUUUCGAUUUAAGUUGGUGUGAUAAAUUAUAUUGGCUUCGUAAUAUCGCUGAUCCAGAAAUCUUGGAAGAUACUUUUAAGGCAGCUGAUAAAAUUAUACCAAGUUUAGACACCUCUUUCACUGUGCAUCCUGAUGCGUCAUAUAAAAGUAGAUUACUUAAUUUUGAAGGUGUUUUCGAUUAG